CAGUUGGAGUUAGUGAGCUGGCUGCAGGGGACGGCGUGUCAGGUUGCUUAUUUCCCUCAUUAUACAUGGAGCACCUGUGUUUAACUUUAACAACGUCGAGCUGCAGACUCUGGAUCAGCUCAGCGUGCUUUAUUUUACCCUCCAGUCCACUUCUUUAACAUGUCUGAGGAUUAUCAGGCACUUUUUGGGUAGAAACGCAAACCGUGCGGUGUGAACAAUGACCCGAAACACUGGUUUCCUCUGAUUUUUCAUGCCUGAAGCACGAUGGAGAAGUUCCUUGAAGUAGCCCCGCACUCUCUGGCUCUGGUGCUGUCGCAGCUUCGCAGAGGAGAUGAAGAGGGCUGCCCAUCAUCAUCAUCACCACCACCAGCAGCGGUAAAGUUACAGCAUCACACCGGCUACGAGGUGUUCGCUAAUUUCAAAGCUGUAAACAUGCAGCAUUUCUGGAACAAGGCACUGACAGACGCGCUGUCUGAGAUCUUCUUCCUCGGCUGGAUCGAUGAGCAUGUGCUGCUGAUCCAGGGCAAAGAAGUCCACCUCCAGGUCCUGAGGAACGGAUGGACCAGACGGACCCUCAAACCACCACAGGGCUUUGACAUCAUGUGCAUAGGUGAGUGUGUUACACAUGCAUAAUCAUGCCGUUGGGCUCAAGUUGCACAGGCAGUCGAUGCUUUACACUUAAUUUCAUUCUG